ACUCCGGACUCAGUUGUGAAAUAUUCCCCCCAUUGCAAAGUCGCCAACAUGCUGAAGUUGGACACCAAGGCAGGCAUCAUUUUCUCGGGCAUUGUCUCCAUAGUCUUCGCCAUAACUUACUUGGUCCUGAUGGACUACCAUUUCUGGAGAUACGGCCUCUACGACUUGGGAAUACACAGUUCCUCUCUGCAAAUUUUGGGCAGCAUAAGCCUAAUAAUAGGAGCUUGUAAGCACAAGUACAAAUUCUUUGUGCCAUGGAUGAUAACCACUGGAUUCUUCAUCUAUCUGAUGCUUUAUUUGGCCAUUAUACUGUUGACCACCGAUGGAUCGUGGAUUUUCGUCCCUUUGAUGGUCGUGCCGAUUGCAGCUUAUCUCAGCUGCGCUUUGUACUCGGUGCAAAAGGCCCUUGACAGGAUGCGCAAGGAAGAGCCGCCAGCAUACUCGAAUUUGUCAGACAAAAGGGGUUUUAUUAACCAUAUAUAGGGCAAGGCAAAUAAUCGCCAAUGUACAAGUAUAAAACUUUUGAUAAGAUAAGAUUAAAACCAAAGCUUUAAAGUCAUUAUGGGGGCACAAUCUGGAAUGAUCAGAUCUCGUACUUAGUCACCACACCCAAAAAAACGCCAUUAUUUAGGUGUAAAUGUGAUACUAUUGAGUGUAAAAUAAUCUUUGAUACGAAAGACAUGAAAUUGAUCCUAAUAUAGGAUCAUUUCGAAAAAGUUUUAAAGAUAAAGCUUUAAAAGGAUCACUAGCCAAGUUGAUCUAGCCAUGUCCGUUUGUCCGUCUGCCUGUCCGUACGAACGCUGAGAUCUCGGUGGCCACAGUUUUCAUGCUAGACAACUUUUUUUUUUUAACGUAUACACAAAUAGCCGGUAGGCUAUUGCUCCCUUUAACUGAGUAAGGGGUAUCUGAUAGUCGAGGCACUCGAAUAUAGCGUUCUUCCUUGUUUUGUUUAUGAACUGACUUUUGAAAUAUUUUUGUUGUAAAUCAAAUACUUAAAUUUUGUAUGUUCUUAGGAUGCGCUUUUCAAAAAUGGCGCCCUUCGCAGCCCUGGCUGAUAACAAUCGAAUAGCUUUCUCUGUCGUAAAAUAAUGUAUCAAGCCGCAUAUGACCUUUCCUGACCUUGAUGUACCAAACCAAUAAGCUUCUAUGUAAUGUAUAUAAAAACAAGUCGAUAAAUCACAACAAACCCACCCCUAAAUGAAAAUUAUUUAAUACAUAAUAUAUAUAUGUUUUAGCUUAUAAAUGUUUAGCUCAUCUUGGACUUUGAAUGUUUUGCCGGCAAAUCGAAGCCCAAACAAACAGCAUCCGCAUAGAUUCCAAAGUGCAGCGAUAAGAAACUACACAGAUGUUUGCAUAAUCUCAAAAUUGCCGAUUCCCAGAGUUUGCAGACAUACGUAAAUAGAACUUUCUAUACUUAUGCCAUCCGGUUGAGUUUGGGGUGGCUCCCCGACGACAUAUACACACCAGCACAUACGUAUUUUAGCAAGUUUUGCCGGCGAUGCCCUGAUAUAACCUUCCCACGACCUUGAGCUUACACAAGCCAAAUACACAACUAUGCACAAUAAUUUAUUUUUUAAAUAGCUGGCGUUUAAAUACAGUAACAGAGCGAUACUUUAUUCAACAACAAUAAAUAUAUGUAUUCGUGUA